AUGGCCGCAGAUGUGCUGCAAGGAGACCUUGCUGCCACAUACAACGCAUACGCAGAUGCCAGGAGAAGACUCUCCGACCGUUUCAAGCAUAGAGGAUUUUGGCCAGUAGGUCAAGGCAAAGGUUCAGGCAAACCGUCCGCACCAAAGGGCAAAGGGAAGUAUCUCAACAAGGGUUCCAAGAAAAGUCUUCAACAGAGGUUCCUUGAAAGCCAUUGUCGAUUGUGUGGUAGGAAGGGUCAUUGGCGUGCGGAGUGUCCCGACCGGACACGUUCGAAUGCAUCAACUGGUUCCACGAAUACAUCAGCAGCCAUGACCGUUUCAGCAGUGUCCCAGUCCAUGGAAGAGUCCGAUGCGCUUCCAAUGGAGUUCAUGCAGCUUCCGAUGGUGCAUGAGGAAACCCUAGAUGUUCCCAGUUGGCAAGAAAUUCAUGUUGUUCUUUCAUCCAUGGAGGAAAUUCGGGAUAGACUCCGUAAGUUGGGUAAACGGGGUAAAGGGGAAGAUAAUCAAAACCCGAAUGAAAGCCUGCCCAGGAAUGAACGAAUCACAGAGCAACCUGAGAGCCGUUUUGUGGCAUCCGUGAGAGAGCAGCCAGCAGUAGCAUAUUUUUCCACGUAUGGCACUUGUGGCAUACUUGACACAGGUGCGUCGAAGUCAGUGAUGGGUAGCAAAUUGCUACCUGCCUUACUUGAGGGCCUUCCAGUUGAGAUGAGACAGCAGGUGUUCAGGACAUCAUGUGACAUCACCUUCAGAUUCGGAAAUCAAGGUACCUUGGAUAGCCAACAUGCCUUAGUUAUCCCCUUAAAAUCUGUAGGUCUGGGUCUCAAGAUUGCAAUCGUGCCUGGCGAAACACCGCUGCUGCUGUCCAACACACUCCUGAGGACUCUCAAAGCCAGUUUGAACAGCGAGCAUCACACGUUGUCCAGUCCUUUGUUGAACCAGGUUGUCAAACUUAAGCUGAGUCCCAGAGGACUCUACAUGCUUGAUCUGAUAGAUUUGCUUCGUGCCCAGAAGGAUUUGCAAGGACCUCGUGAUGCAAUCAUGGCCGAAACUUUCAUGAGCAGUGAUUUUUCCAGCGAAAACCAGCAAGCUGAAACGUGUCAGCCAAGCCUCAGUGAAAGUCAAGGUAACAGUUUGAAGAAAACAUUUGCAGAGAUGUGGGAUCAGGAGAAGUCAUGGAUGAAAUGGUUCGCCAAGACUCACGCCAGCAGCACCAAGCCCGAGCACCUGAAAGUACUGGCUUAUCAGGAAAAGGUGUUGGAUCAGUACGAGGAGAGCCAUGGCAUGGUGCCUCUGAAGAAUCCCGAAGAUCUGCAAGGGGUGAUGUUGCCUCGAUCCAAAUGCAUGCCCAAGAGCAAGGCCAUGCCGGCACAUCAAGUGCCUGUGGAGGUGAUCGAGGAGAUUGUGGAUCCCAGCAACCCGUGGGAUGUCAUGGACUACACAGCACUGCAACAGGACCAGACCAACGAGAUGAUCGAGGCACUCCAAGCUCGAGUACUGAACAUGGAAGGUGCCAUCAGCGAGAUCUUAGGAGCCAAGAGAAGAUCCGUUUCUGCCGGUGUCCAAAGUGCCAAACGAGCAAAACUGAAAGAGGGUAGCAUCAAAAGUGUCUUGAUCAACCCAGAAAUGUUGCCGUCCAAACGUAGGAAGUGGAACCAGCUGGACCGAGCCAAUCUGCGACCUUGGAUGGGUCAUCCGUAG